GCCAAAAGCGACAAAGUCAAAGUGGGAAACGCCCUGACAUGUGUGAUCUAAGGAUUGUUCUUUUGGGGAAGAAUGUAUCAGAAAACAGCAGAGUCAGAAACUCGAUCCUGGGAGUAGAUGUGCAUGAGAGCGAUGCACCUAUAAAGCAGCACAAUGUGCUGAAAAUCAGUGGAAUGGUGAAGGACAGACACGUCACAGUCAUUAACACUCUUCAUCUGCUGAAUCCUGACCUCUCAGAUCAUCAGAUCACACAGACAGUGAGAGAGUGUGUGAAUCAAUCUGAUCCAGGACCUCAUGUGUUCAUAAUCAUACUGCAGUAUAAUGACUUCACCGAGGAGGACCUGAGAAGAGUGAAACAUGUGCUCAACAAAUUCAGUGGAGAAGCGAUGAAACAUUCCAUCGUUCUCACCACUGAUGAAGAGAGAGAUUACUCAUACAUGAGUCCUGUAAUAAAGCAGACAGCUAUUCAGCAGUUAAUAAAGGAAUGUGGAGAAAGGCAUUUGGAGUCUGAAAAAGAAAACCCAGAAUGGCAAUCUGACAUAUUCAAGAGGAUUGAUAAGAUACUUCAGGAAAACCAGGAAGAAUAUCUCACAUGUGAAAUAUUUGGUGAUGCUGAAGGAACAUCAGUGGAUGAAGAGCAAAGAUCUCAUGGUUCAGUCAGAUCAGAGGGAAAAAACAAAAAGCGUACUUAUUACAAAGAUGAUGGAAAACCAAAACAGAGCAAGAGAAGUGAAGAAAUUCUAAUUGAUAUAAGAGAGUGGAUUCGUUCCAACUUGCCAGCAAAUUUCUCUGGAAAACAGAAGCUGAACCUGGUUCUGUGUGGAAGUGAUCCAACAUUUAAAGUCUCUGUGUCCAAACUUUUACGAGGAAAAACUAUAAAAUCUUCACAUCAGAGAGAGGGCAGUGAAGAGUGUGUGAAGAAAGAGGAGAGGAUUCAUGGUCAUCAGAUCAGUCUGGUGGAGCUUCCAGCUCUCAGUCAGCUCUCAGAGGAGGAAGUGAUGCGUCAGACUCUUCACUGUGUGUCUCUCUGUCAUCCUGGAGUUCAUGUUUUUCUCCUCAUUGUUCCUGUUGGUCCGCUUACUGAUGAAGUUAAAGCGGAAAUGGAGGAGAUCCAGAAGAACUUUUAUUCCAGAGAGCAUUUCAUAGUAAUGUUUAUCAGUGAAGGCACUGUUAAAAGACCAGAGACAGAGUUUAUAAAAUCCAGCUCAGAAUCUCAGAGCUUAAUCAGUCGUUGUGGAGGUCGGUACUGUGUGAUGGGUUUAAAAGACCAUGAAAACUCAAGACAGAUCCCAGAACUACUGGAUUAUAUUGAGAACAUGAAGACUAAACCAUAUUCACUUCAGAUGUACAUGAAAGCUCAGGAGAACAGAGUCAGAUGUGAAACAGAGGAGAAAUAUGAAGAGAAACUACAGAGAAUGGAAGAUGAAAUCAAAGACUUAAAGCAGAAGAUUCAGUCAGAAGUUUCAGGUGCUGAAGGUGAAGCAGAUGAUCUGGAGAGUUUGAGGAUUGUGUUGAUCGGGAGAACAGGAAAUGGAAAGAGUGCUACAGGAAACACUAUUCUGGGAAGAAAUGAGUUUGAGAGUAAAGCAAGCAUGGAUUCAGUGACGACUGUUUGCAUGAAGGGAGUUGGUGAAGUUGAUGGUCGAUCAGUAGCUGUUGUUGAUACUCCAGGACUCUUUGACACAUCACUGUCAAAUGAACAAGCAGUGGAAGAAAUAGUGAAAUGUGUUUCACUCUCGUCACCUGGACCUCACGUGUUUGUCAUUGUGUUGAGUGUGGGGAGAUUUAUUCAGGUGGAAACAGACACUGUGGAUCUGAUAAUGAAGAUCUUCGGCCAUAAAGCUGCUCAGUUCAGCAUCGUUCUGUUCACUAGAGGAGACGAUCUUCAGGGUGAAUCUAUAGAAAAAUAUGUGGAGAGAGGAAACAAUGCUGAGGUCAAGAAACUGAUCAGAGAUUGUGGAAACAGGUUCUUGGUUUUCAAUAACAGAGAAAAACAAGACAAAACUCAAGUGAUUCAACUGUUAAACAUGAUAGAAGAGCUGAAGAACAGUAAUGCUGGUCGAUAUUUCACUAACAGCAUGUUUGAGGAGGCAGAGAUGUCCAUUAAGAAGAGAAUGGAGGAAAUACUGAAAGAGAGAGAAAGAGAGAUUCAGACACAAAAUGAGGCAUUAAAAGCCAAAUAUGAGAUGGAAAUGAGAGAUAUGUUGAAGAGACUUGAGGAAGAGAAACAAAGAGCAGAUGAGGAGAAAAUAAAAAUGGAGAAUCAAUUCAGAGAAAAAGAGGAAAAACUCAGAAAAGAGUCUGAAGAAAAAGAGAAAACAGAACAAAAGAAAAGAGAAAUUGAAAACCAGAAACGAUCAUCUGAGGAAAAACAGCAAAGAGCUGAAUUUCAUCGAAAAAUAGAAGAAAUGAAGAGAGAGAUUGAAAAUCAGAGAUCACAGUAUGAAAAACAGCAAAAAGAAAGAGAAGAAGAAGAUAGAAAGAGAGAAGAGAAAUAUAGACAAGAUCAAGAAAAGAUGAGAAAUGAACAAGAACAUGUUAUAACACAGUUAAAGAUAAAAGAAGAAGAAGAAAUUAAAAAGAGAGACUUGGAGGAGAAAAGGAGGAAUGAACUAGAAGAGAAAGACAGACAGGAAUGGGUAAGAAAAAUAAAAGAGGCUGAAAAUGACAGAAAAGAGACUCAAGAGGAAAUUAAACGACAGCAGAGAGAAUGGGAGGAUGACAAGAAACGACAGAUAAGAGAACGAGAGGAAGAAGAAAUAAAGAGAAAAGAGAAACAUGAUGAACAGCUGAGAGAAAAACAAAAAGAACUGGAAAUAAUGAGAAAGAAAUUUGAAAGAGAG